AUGAAGUCUGCUGUGGUUCCCUUAAUCUAUGGAUUGGGGGUGGCUGCCGGUGUGGUAAAUGGUUUCUCCUUUCAACAACCAUUUGCGUUUGAAGAAAAUGCGAGUCCAUCUCUAUUAGAUAGGGCCAUUGAAGCACUAGGCUUUGAUCAUUCUCAUGUUAAAGAGUCUUUAUCCUCAGAGCUAAAGAAAGUUUGGGACGAAAUACCUCUAAGGUUCCCAUCUCAAGUUUCUAAUUUGGAAUUCGUUUCCAAGCCACGUCCCGGUUCUUUGCAACCGAAGACCGAUUGGGAUUUUACGGUUCGCAGUGAAGAUGUCCAAGAUUAUCAAUUACGUGUGAACAAGAUUGCAGACCCAAAGCUACUAGGGAUUGACCCAGAUGUGAAGCAGUACAGUGGUUAUUUGGAUGUUGAAGAAGAGGAUAAACAUUUUUUCUUUUAUGCUUUUGAAAGUAGAAACGACCCAAAGAAGGAUCCAGUUGUGUUGUGGUUGAAUGGUGGUCCGGGUUGCUCGUCAAUGACCGGUCUUUUCUUCGAAUUAGGACCUUCUUCUAUUGAUUCAGAUUUGAAGCCAGUUUACAAUCCAUAUUCUUGGAAUAGCAAUGCCACCGUUAUCUUUUUAGACCAACCGGUUAACGUUGGUUAUUCAUAUUCUUCUAAAGGUGUCUUCAAUACCGUUGCUGCCGGUAAAGAUGUCUAUUCCUUCCUACAGUUGUUCUUUAAACAAUUCCCUGAGUACAAUGCAGGUCAAACUUUCCACAUUGCUGGUGAAUCUUAUGCAGGUCAUUAUAUCCCAGAUUUCGCUAGUGAGAUUUUAUCCCAUCCCAAGGAGGAUGGUAGAAUCUUCAACUUAGAUUCUGUUUUAAUUGGUAACGGGUUAACGGAUCCAUUAAACCAGUACCCUUACUACAAACCCAUGGCAUGUGGUGACGGUGGUGAACCUGCUAUACUAGGGCCAGAAGAAUGUCAAGCAAUGGACGAUUCUUUGGGCCGUUGUUUGGGCCUAAUUGAAUCUUGUUACGAUACAGAAUCUGUUUGGACUUGUGUUCCUGCAGCUAUCUAUUGUAACAAUGCAGAAUUAGGACCUUUCCAACAAACUGGUAAAAACGUCUACGAUGUUAGAAAAGAAUGUAAGGGAAACCUAUGUUAUGAAGACAUGGAGUACUCUGAAGAAUACUUGAAUUUGGAUUACGUCAAGAAGGCAUUGGGUGCUGAAGUGGAAAACUACGAGUCAUGUAAUUUUGACAUCAAUAGAAACUUCUUAUUUGCAGGUGAUUGGAUGAAACCGUUUGUCAAAGGUGUCACCAAUAUCCUAAACCAAGGUCUACCGGUUCUUAUCUAUGCUGGUGAUAAGGAUUUCAUCUGCAACUGGUUGGGUAACCAAGCUUGGACUAACGUCUUACCUUGGAAAGAAUCUGAAGGAUUCUCAAAGGCUCCAGUUCGUCCAUGGAAGGCCUCUUUGACUGGAGAAAAAGCUGGUGAGCUUAAGAGUUAUGCUCAAUUGAGUUAUUUGAGAAUCUUUGACGGUGGACAUAUGGUUCCAUAUGACCAACCGGAAAACUCCUUGAGUAUGUUGAACGAAUGGAUUCAUCAAGACUACACUUUGCAAACUGAUUAA